AUGCCGCCACAAGUCGAUAAACCGCCAUUGAUCAUUCCACCGCUGGAUUUGCGCAAGGGAGCCUCCGACCCUACGACUGAAACGGUUUCUAGGGAUGAGUGUGUAGCUCAUCUCAAGUUCUUGGCGGUAUUGGCCGACCUGCGUGAAGCGGUGGCCGGAACAGACGGCCUCUUCGGUCUGAUGGACCCAGACCCCAAAGUCUUCCUGGAAGAAACCAGCGAGGCUAGUGCCCGCAUCAAGGAGAAGCGAUGGGCGAUCUAUGUCACCCGCGCUGUUGACCGUUAUGCGGUGUGGUGGCGGACAUGCGUGCGAGCCUCGCGGGAGCCCGUCACAACCGUCGAUCUCGAUACGAACGCCUAUGACUACAUCACCGAAUGGAACAGUGAAAUACUCUGGUCUGCAGAGCGGUUGCCUCCUCUAGACGUCUUGAUGGUAUGGCAUGCACACAUGCUGAACCCGCGCGCCUUCUUGGAAGACUGCAUCCGAGACGGUAAGAUGGGCUUCUGGUGUACCGGCUUUCCCUGGGCAGUGAUUGACACGUGCAUCGAUAACCGAUCGCUGGAAUACGAGCCGGGCCAUGGCGCACGGGACUUUUUCCUCAAGCAGACUCGUUGCCCUUGGGACAAUCUCGUUGACUCGGCCCCCAAGUUCCUCAACUGUCCCGCUUGCAGCAAGGAGGUCGCCGUCCCUUGGACAAACGGAGCCAUCAAGCUUCCCCUCGUCGUGGCGUUCGAAGACUGCCAGGGAUACGCGGACAAGAACUUCCGUUCCCAAUGUCCCUCGUGCGGCAUCGUCAUCGAUCACGAGCGGCUCAAGAUCGCCAAGUUCCGAGAGGACGUACGUGCCCUCUACGACCAUAACCGACCCAUGCCGGGAACAUUGUACAGCGUCCGGGGAAUCCCCGAGGGCCGUCGGUCUACCAAGCGCGAACACGCACAGACGACCUUCCCGAAUCGAUUCGUCAAGGCCGCGUACGUGACGAUCCUCGAAGACACACACGCCAGCCAAAGCGGAGCGCGGUGCCCGACGAUGCUCAAGCUACGGGAGAACCUCGAGACGCAGCUCCGCAACAAGAACGUCCUGCGCACGGCCAACCCAGGUCUUCUCGUUUCGACCCUGAUCCCCGCCGAGAGGAUCGCGUUCCGGCGCAUGAUGUCGCGGUACUGGGACAAUGUGACGCCCUUCGCGUUGGACCUAGUCGGCGCCGUCAUCCGGCAGGGUACCUUCGUGCAGAAGAUGGACAACAUCGACUGGCUGCAUUCGCCCACAGUCAUGGAAACCAUGACACGGCUCAUCGCCCGCUACGCCGUCUUCUUCUACAUCAUGGCAAGCAACCCACGGCACAUGGCCGUGCCAACCCUCGACAUCGACCUCGCAUGGCACACGCACCAGCUCGCCCCACUCCGCUAUUUCGAGUUCUCUACCGCGCAGACCAAAAAAGAACGCCCGUUCCCCGUCUUAAUCGACCACGACGACAAAGUCGACGAAAACGCCCUCUCCGACGGCUUCGAAUGGACCAGCCGCAUGUACAAGAAAAUCACCAACGGCGAAAUCUACAGCGAAUGCACCUGCUGGUACUGCGAAGCGGUCCGCGUCUCCGACCUUCGCGACGGCAUCUUCGUCUCCUCAACUACCGCACGCGCCCGCACAGCCGCCGCCCGCCUCCACGACCGCCCAGACAUCUCCUCCAACCCGGACGAAAACCCACACAUCUCCGCCCACAGCGCCGUCCGCCCCACCACGUCCCGCCGAAUCAGCUCAGACCCGCGCCAAGCCAAAUUCCUCCGCCUACGCAGCGACUACGAGAAGGCGUGUCGGCGCGCGGAAAAGCGCGACCGCAAGGAAGGCAAGGAGCCGCGGAAACGAUCCGCCGAUGAGGCCGCCGUCGCGGGCUACCCGCUCAUGUGGGGGUAUCCGGUCUUCGUGCCUUACUAUGCGCCCUACACCUGCGACCCCAGCGUGCAUGCUAGUUCCUACGCGUGCAACCCCAGCUGUAUGAGCCUCGACUCGGGGGCGCAUGGCAACUGCGCCGCGGGGACGUGUGGAGGCGGUGUCGCGGCUGGAUCAUGCGGUGGGACGUCGGGCGGUGCAUGCUCUGGAGGGUGUGCGAGUGGGAGCUGCGGGGGAUCAUCCGGCGGUGGAGGAGGUUGUGGAGGAGGAGGAGGAGGCUGUGGGGGAGGAGGAGGCGGUUGUGGUGGUGGCGGUGGUGGUGGUGGUGGUUGUUGA